AUGAUGAAUAAAGACUGGGGCCUAAACAUGGAUGACAAUAAUUUGCAGGAGAAGUUGGACGAACUUCUGUUGCAGUUUUUUGAAAUAUACGAGAUUUUAUUGAAACGAAGGGAUGAACUUACGAUUGCGAUGAAAAAUGGGUUUCUUGCAAUGUCUAAAGCGAGAUAUACUUUGGGAAAUAAGUCUGUUGGCGAAUUGCAAUACUCACAAAAUAUGGCGGCUUCAAGCACGGUCGUUAUGGAAGAAGACCAUUCUUGUUCUAGGGGAGUCGAAUUUAAGAUGGCAACUCAUGAUGGCAGCUCAGAAAGAGAACUUGAGUCAGGAAAGAAAGCGCGACAAAGUACAAGUGAAGGCGGUUUAAGGCACAGAAAUAUUUCAAAGAACUCAUCGAAUAUGAUGGGAGAAAUCGAACAUGGUAGAGAAACAUCACGAGAAAAGAAACAUGUCGACCCUCUGAAUUGGUUUGGUAUUCUUGUACCAUCAUCGCUUAAAGAGUGUCAGAGCGAGUUCAAAACUGCUUGUCAGUUAUCUUGCAAAAUAGCUCAAUUAGAACAGGAACUGAGAAAUAUAAUUAAUGAAUUUUGUAAAUUGAAGCGCAGAAAACCAUAACAUACUUCAUAGAGAACAACUGUAUGUUUAUGAUUUUGAACAAUCCUCGCCUCGGACGAUCUAUUUGCUGUACCAAAAUGGUACAAUUUUCUAUAAAAAGUACAUUUUUGCGAAAAGGGAAUUCCCCCUCAUCUGUAAGUCAGUUACAUAUUGCCACGUUGCUCUUGUACCAAACAUAGCUAAAGUUGCAUAAAUUAUAGUGGCCUGCAUAAUUAUCAUAUUA